UGUGACUGCAGUGAAAAUUUUUUAAGCAGUAUUUAAUACACCAUGAAUACAAAUAUUAUGAGCAUACUCGAGGAGUUGCGGAAAAUCAUCAACGAUGAAAUUUCGUUGUACGCAUUGGAUUUAGUGCUUAACGAUGCUAUGCAAUACAUUGAAAUGCAUCCCAAUGCGCUGGACUAUCCAUAUUUGCAGGCGGAGGUCGAUUGCAUCUACAAGAUUAAGUUUGUUCUGGACAAACGCGGCAAGUUCCAUAAAACGAAUUUGUGUGGCGAUCGCUUCCAGGAUUUCUUUCUUAUGACCUGCCACGGUAUCGAGGACAAACGCAUGCGUGACAUGUUGGCAAAUAUGUUGCUGUGGUGCCUGGAGGAUGAGCCUGAACUGAUCGAGCUGUUGGUCAAGGUCGGGCUAAUGACCGUCUCGGACAUCAACCAAAUCAAUUCUCGCGAGGAACACAUGAACACAUCGCCAUCAAAUUCCAGCCACAUUUGGCGUCCAUCUGAGAUGCGAUUGAAUGGCGAUUGUAGCGACGAAUCGAUGACCAACUAUAUUGCCAAGGUGCAGGACGAGAGGACGAAGUUGCCAAACCAUGAGCUAGUGCAGAAUGCCAUCUACGCAUUCCUCGGCAUUCCGGGCACCUAUCUGCUGAAGAAUGGGAAAACCAAUCGAAUGAGCUUGAAUGAGGAGACUGCUGCGCAACUGUCGCGCGCGCAAUGCGGCAUGCUGAUGCGUUUCUCGGAGCUGGGCUACUAUCACGAUUGCCUGGUACAGCACUCCACGCAGAACAGUGGCGCCAAUGCGCUGGGCACGUUGGGCUUGGCCUUCAUCUGUCAGCUGAAGCUGCUAUUGAAUCGCUAUCAUGGCGAAGUCGCUCAACUCCAAGAUGUGCACUCAAGCAACAGGCAAAAGCUCAGCGAUGUGUAUGCAAAAUUUGGCGAUUGUUGCUGGACAAACGAGAAGCCCCACCAACUGAAGCUGCUAACGCUGCUCGCCUGGUCGGUGGGACCUCUGAGGCAGCUGCAGUUGCUCAACAAGAUUGCUACGCAUUGUCACUGGCAUAAAGGCGGCGCUUUGGUCUCGCGCGUCUGCGAGUUCCUGUACAAUGGCGAUCCGAUACUGGACGAGGUAUCCGGCAAACUAAUGCGUGCCUGCUGUGCGCCGCUUAUGCACAUGAUUUCCACAUGGAUGAUCGAUGGUCGUGUGGAGGAUGUGGAUAAUGAGUUCUUUAUCGAGAGCUUGGUGGAGAUCGACAACAAUCGACUGUGGUACGACAAGAUUCAGUUGCGCCCCCACAUGCUGCCCUCAUUCAUCUCUAAGCAGCUGGCUGAGAAGAUCCUCAAGACGGGCAAGAACGUGCUCUUCAUGCGAAAGAUUUGCGGUAUGACAAACCAUACCGUAAAGCAUCCCGAGCAACUCAGGGAUAUCAUAGAGAAUCGCUUUUUUGAAAUCUUUAGCAAGCCGCACAAUGCUGACUGGGUGUUGGCCAUUGAGAAUUGCUAUGCGGAGUCGUCGAAGCAGGUCCUGGACAUCAUGGUGGGGCCGCACAAACUCAUCGGACAUUUGCAGGGCAUGCGACGCUAUCUGCUGCUCGGCCAGGGUGACUUUGUCAACAUCUUUAUCGAGAAGAUCAAGGACGAACUGGACAAAGUUGGCAGCAAUGUUUACUCCUAUAAUCUGUGCAGCAUGCUGGACGCGGCGCUGCGGGGAGCCAACGCGCACCACGAUGAUCCCGAGAUCAUGGAGCACUUGGAUGUGGUGGUGAGAACGCCGUAUCCCGGUGACUUUGGCUGGGAUGUGAUCUCGCUGCUAUAUUCGGUGCCUGGUCCGGUGUCCAUGGUGCUGGAGCCGGUGAUGCCGCAGUACAAGACGCUCUUCAAGCCGCUGUGGCGCAUGAAGUACAUGGAGUUUAUACUGGGUCGUAAUGUGUGGAAGGAGCAAACACGCAAUGCCAAGGCACUAUGGGCGAUACAUGAUGAGAUUUCGGCAGCCACUUAUAAAUUGCAUUUGUUCACUGCUGAAAUCAUGCAUUUUGUCCACGAAAUACUCUACCAUGUGCUCUUUGAAGUUAUCGAGUGCAACUGGACUGCGCUGGUGAAGAGAUUAAAAAAAGCUUCAGAUCUUGAUGAAAUCCUAGAUCUACAUGCAAAGUUCUUAGACAUCGUAAGCAUUCGAAGCUUUGCGAAAUCAUCACAGGCAACACGAUGCUGCCUGGAAACAGUAUACAUCAGUAUCAUGCAUUUGGAUAGCACACAACAAUUAUUCUACAAUGAUUGCUUCAUGGAAAUUGCUGCUCGCAAGCACAUGGAGGACUCAAUUGCCGAAUCGGAACGUGCUGGACGUUUCGGUGUGACCACCGAAAUGAUGACGCAACGUCUUGAGGAGCGCAAAUUAUUUAAGAAGAAGGUCUCGAUGUUCAGGGAUACUCUCGAUAGCCUUGCGAUUAACUAUCGUGAUGCGAUCGGUGCCUUUCUACUCGAACUCAACUCAAGCUCGGAUACAUAUCUGCGGAUGUUUGGCACUCGCCUCGAUUUUAAUGAAUUUUACAAGAAGAAGGACAUCAAUUUAUGUAAACCGUUAACUUUCGAGCUGAUGCGUUUGAGUAGUGUAAUGGGAGAUCACAAGAGUCGUACUGCAGGACGUUUCAGUAUUCGCCACAAUGCUACUUUGGCUGAUUUUUGAUACUUGAAUCCUAGUAACGUAACGUAACAUGGCCAAGUGCAAUUUACUGUUUAAACCAAGAAUUUACAAAUAUUGUCCUGUGAUUAAAUAAUUUUCAAUGUCCACGAGUUUUUCCUAACUGUACUACCUCAAAGGAAGUUAGUUGCAAAACGAAAGAAAAAUAAAUGAUGCAUUUAAAUUUC